AUGGAGAAGACGUACUCUCUGACGGCGCACUACGACGAGUUCCAGGAGGUGAGGUAUGUCAGCAAGUACAGCAGCAGCGGCACCCUGCCCAACGGGUUCAACCUUCAGCUGGGCGCAACGGUGCCCAAGAAGCCUCGCUGCGGCCUUCCCCGCUGGAGCCGGCGCGAGAUCUGCCUCCUCUCGGGCCUGGUCUUCGCAGCGGGGCUCUGCGUCAUUCUCGGCUGCAUCCUGGUUCUGAAAUACGUGGCCCUCGAAUACGACGCCUACUGCCUCAAGGGAUGCCAGGAGCGCAAGGCCCUGGUCAAGGUGUCACGCUUCGUCGCCGGCAACAUCGACCACACCAUUGACCCCUGCAAGGACUUCUACUCCUUCGCCUGCGGCGGCUGGCUGCGGCGGCACGCCAUCCCAGAGGACAAGCUCAUCUACGGCAUCAUCGCCGCCAUCGGCGAGCAGAACGAGGAGAAGCUGCGGCGCCUGCUGCUGAGGCCCAUCCGAAGGCCCUACCAGGCCUCGGCCGAGCGGAAGGUCAAGGAAUUCUUCCGAUCCUGCCUGGACAUGGCGGAGAUCGACCAGCAGGGCGCCCGGCCCAUGCUGGACGUCCUGGAGGACUGCGGCGGCUGGGACAUGGCCGCCGCCACGGCCAGGCAGGCGCGAUGGGACUUCAACGAGCUCCUGUACAAGACGCAGGGGGUCUACAGCACGGCCGUCUUCUUCUCCCUCACGGUCAACUUGGACGACAAGAACUCCUCGCGCUACGUUAUCCGGGUAAGUCGGACCCCGCUGUUCGUGGGAAAUGAGACUGAGUGGGGGCAGACUUGGGUCAUCUUUGGUAUCCUGGCCCCCUCAGCCAGGCCAACAUUUGGUGCCCCCAAAUGGAUCUUCUCAGUGAUGGAUCUUCUCAAUGUGGUGCCCCCUUGGCUCAGCGGCCUGUACAGGGGAAUGGCCCUAAAUUCAACACUGAGUUGAGCCUCUUGGUCUAAGCCGGAUCAUAGAAUGAUAGAACUGCAGAGCUGGAAGGGACCACGAGUGUCAUCUAGUCCAACCUCCUGCAAUGCAGGAAUCUUCUGCCCAAUGUGGGGCUUGAACCCACAACCCUGACAUUUAAAAGUCUCAUGUUCAGCCAACUGAGUGUCAUCACACAGGAGGGGCCAUGGGGUGCUGUCUCGUACCAGAAUUGGAGCGCUGGUCCUUCUGUCUCAGCGUUGUUCCAGGGUGUGCCCGGAGCCAUUUACAUGUGCGGCUUUGUCGACCCCUAGUGGCUGAAUCUGGUUCACUGCCUCUGAUCGGAUGCAUGUGUGGUUCAUGUUUGCAUGUGGGCUUGUUCCUUUUGCAACCUCACAUGUGUCCCGUCCCCACCCCCCGCCUUUGUGUGUGCAUUGCUGGGCACUUUUGUUGUCUUUGCUGCAAGAGGGGCACUUUUGCUGCGCAAGUGUACUUUUGGGAUUCAUUGCUAUUCUUUUAUCCGCUUCGUAGCCACGCAUUUUCAGUGGAAACAUCAGAUCACAGGGAGGAGGGUGGGGAGGGACUCAGGCACAUAAUUCAACUAUUAUUAUAUGCACUUACAGCUGUAUUGCACCUCAUCUUCCAAGAGUUAACAAAAGGAAGACGUCCCUUUCAUAGUGUUCAUUAUCCGCUCCCUCUGUCAUACAUAUUCAGCAAGGCUGAAGUCAGACAAUCGUUUCUGAGGCAGCCAAAAGUGGCUUGCGAGAGGAUGUGCUUCCUCUGGCAAGGCACACCCACACACCAAUUUCUUCUGCCCCGCUCUCAGCUCUAGACAAAUCGGUUUCUGCAGCAAUACAGACACCUGCUAAGCCUGUUGAGCAUAAGAGAGACUGGGGUAAGUUGCCGCAGGAAGAUUUCCGUGCUACCUUCUGGAAGGAGUGUACCUUCCUGGCAGGAUAUCUGCUUGGAGUGCAGAAGGCCCCAGGUUCAAUCCCUGACAGCAUCUCUAGGUAGGGUUGGGUUGAAAGUCUUCCUGCCCGAAACCCUGAAAACUUGGACAGCUGCUGCCAGUCAUUGUAGAGGAACCAGUGGACUGACUCAGUAUCAUAAGGCAGCUUCCGAUAUUUGUACGAAAUGGAACGACAACAAAAAGCCUGUCUUCAGCUUAAGGGUUGCCAUAUCCCUGCUCUUGGGGCCCCUUCGAAUGCUACAAUUCUAUGGUUCUGUACCAGCAAUUCCCCAGAUUCUGUCGUGUUCAGGUACAGGCAGUUUGUGCCAUUUGGCAACCGAUGGUUUUUCUAGCCAUUAAGAGAUACUAAACUGUCCACACCUCCUCAUGAAAACCAAGUAAGAGAUUAAUAGAAGCACAUGGAUUUGAUUUCAGGUGACACUCCCUCCCCCAGACACUUUAUCUUACAGCACCUGAUGUGUGCUAUUGUUAUCAUUCCAAUUUAUCUCCUGUCCUUCUUCCCAAAGCAGUUCAGGGUAGCAAAUGAAUUCAUUGCAAUGAUAAUGCAAAACUCUUAUCUCUCAGCCUUUGUUCCAAAAGCCCGUGGAAAUGGAAUCAUGCAAGCAACCUUGCAGGGCUGUUGUGAAAACGAAGCAGGCAUAGAAUCAUAGAACUGUAGAGUUGGAAGGGACCACGAGGGUCAUCUAGUCCAACCCUCUGAAAUGCUGGACUCUUUUGCCUAACAUGGGCCUUGAACCCACAACCUCAAGAUUAAGAGUCUCAUGCUCUGCCAACUGAGCAGUGCAUGCAAUGUGUAUGGGCUAAAGGUCAGCCACAGAAGCACACACACACAUACACAGUGCUUGUGCAUAUAUGUGUGUGUGUGUGUGUGUGUGUGUGUGUGUGUGUAAUUUAAAUGCCACCUGCUGCUACACAAGCCAAUGGGCAGUUUGCAGCAGACAAAUGGGAUUUCAAAAAUCCAUGAAAUAAUGCAGCCCUGAAAAACAUUUAAUAAAUCACAAAAGGGCAGUUCCUAAUAGUGGCAGCGGCCACCAGGUCUCUCCUCCUCCGCCGAGCGCCUGCCAAAACAGAUGCAUCAGAACCAGUCGACUAAAACUUCUUCCUCUUCUUUGACCAUCCCUUGUAGCCGAGUAAGAUUGUCUUCCAUAAACACAGUUUUAACAAUGAGUCCGUAAGUGACUGUGGAGGCCAAUUCUGGAUCCACACGUCCUUCCACAGUAGGGACAUUGGUUUCCGGGUGGGAGUUGAUCGUGGUGUGGAUUUGCCAAGCGUAUUUUCCUCUUAGCACGUUUCUCUCUUGCAUUCUAAGUUUGAGUGUCUUCAAAGUCCAUGACACCUUUGGUAAAGGCUGUUCUCCAACUGGAGCGCUUGCAGGCCAGUGUUUCCCAGUUGUCAGUGUUUAUACUACAUUUUUUUAGAUUUGCCUUGAGACCGUCUUUAAACCUCUUUUGUUGACCACCAGCAUUACGCUUUCCAUUUUUAAGUUCGGAAUAGAAUAGUUGCUUUGGAAGACGAUCAUCAGGCAUCUGCACAACAUGACCAGUCCAACAAAGUUGAUGUUGAAGAAUCAUUGCUUCAACACUGGUGAUCUUUGCUUCUUCCAGUACACUGAUAUUAGUUCGCCUGUCUUCCCAAGUGAUGUGUAAAAAAUUUUGGAGACACCAUUGAUGGAAUCUUUUGAGGAGUUGGAGAUGGCGUUUAUAAGUGGUCCAUGUUUCACAAGCAUAUAGUAAGGUUGGUAGGACAAUAGCUUUGUAAACAAGCAUUUUGAUUUCCCUGCAAAUGUCCCGGUCCUCAAACACUCUGCACUUCAGUCGGGAGAAAGCUGCACUCGCAGAGCUCAGGCGAUGCUGGAUUUCGGCAUCAAUGUUGGCGCUUGUGGAAAGAUAACUGCCUAGGUAGGAGAAGUGAGGUGGGGUCAGAGGCACCUCAGUUCCACUUAUGAGGAGCCACCACUGAAAAGACCCGUUCCUAGGCUCACAGCACCCGUGUUCUUCAUCCAGGCUAGGCACCCCCAAGGCCUCAUCUGCUGAUCUUGGGGGGCAGGCAGGUCAAUAAGAGUCACGGGCCACCAGCACAGAGCUCCCCUGCCAUUGGUUACCCAUCUAUCAGCAUGGUACUUUCAUAGAAGAGAAAACAUCAAGAUGCAUGUGCGGCAAUCACGUAAAGCUCUUGGGUUGCAGUGUGUGUGUGUGUGUGUGUGUGUGUGUGUGUGUUGUGUGAUGCAUGUCCUGUCCUUCAGACUUGACAGAAUUACCUGCGUGGGGGUUAUAGGGACAGAGGUGAAAUUCAGUUCCUAUCCCCUUUUGGAGAGAAUCCACUUCAUCCACACACCAUCAAGCUGUAGCACAGCCAUCCUUCAAAUUCCGCACUUCUCUCUAAAUUUUGUCAUGCAGUUCUCCAAGCAAAUAAUAUGCACAAAGCUAUACAUAUUAGGGGAAUGUGUUUGUUUUUUUAAAAAUGCAUACAUUUGCAGAAGUAACAUUCAAAAAUGCUUUUAUAUUAAAGAAGAUUGCUUGCAAAAAAUUGCAUAUGUUGGACAAAUUGCGUCGAAAAAGGUAGUACACUAAAAUGCUGGCAGUUUUCUGCGAGGGCUUCAAUAAAGUAAAAUAAAAUGUAAAAUCCGGAAAUGUGGAGAACUGGACUUUUAAGCUUGGCAAAAAAUGAGAAACAGGUCGAAACAAAAAAUGGACUGCCCUGUGCACUCCUUUUGUGUUAAUGGCAUAUUUGCACUGGAACCACCUGUGUACUGUCUGUGUACUUUGCUCAAAACAGUUACCUCUGUCCAUGUUAAAAUUAACCUCACACCAAUGAACGGUUCACAUGAAUUCAGGCAACUAGCUCUUUCUCUCCUAAAUGUGCAAUAACUUUGGUGGAGGGAGCCUAGUGGAAUGGAGAGGGGUGCAUCAGAACAGGGGUGGGCACCUCCUGCUCCCAGUUCCAUCUCUGAAAGAUGAGGCGGAUCCUGCAUUGCCGCCAUCUUGCAGUGGGAUGAGGUGGGCAAGGUAGGCAAGGCUCUGGUCAAAUGUAGUUUGUGGGGUUCAUCCCAGGGGUGCUUGUGCAGGAGAAGCUCUGUGUAGGCGAGCCUUAUCUUAUUCCUGGACCAGAUGGCAAGAGAAACAAGGGCAGGGCGGAUGCGGUCCUCUGCAUUGCAACUUCCACCAGCAAUUGUCCAUGCUGACGGCUAGGAGUUCUCCGGCCAGGCUCUCCCUCCACGGCCGGAGGCAGAAUGUGCCUCUGAAUACCAGCUGCCAGGAAACACAGGUGAGGAGAGGACUGCCAUGCCCAGGUCUUGCUUGCAGGCAACCUGGGACGUCUGGCUGGCCACUGCAAGAAGCCUUCAACAUUUUGGGUGUGUAUCAGUUUAGAAAAGAGUCAAGGAAGCAGGGACGCGACAGAGCUGCUUGAUAACGAUGCUCAGCAUGGAGAAAGUGGAGACAGGGGUGGUUUCUCUCUCACAAUACUCUAGAACAUCCAGAACAGUGAACCUGAACAGUGGAAGAUUCAGGACCGGCAAAAGGAAGAACUUCUUUACACAGCACAAAGUUAAACGAUGGAAUGCACUUCUACAAGACACAGGGAUGGCAACCACCAACUUGGGUUGCUUUUAACGGGGAUUGGAGGGUUAUAAGGCCACCGGAGGCUAUGAGGCGUGAUAUGGGGUUCUCCCUCCACUCUCAGAGGUAGCACACUGGGAACCGCAAGUGGACUGUUGCAUUCUGGUCCUGCUUAUAGGCUUCCCAUGGAGGCCUCUGCUUGGCCACUGUGAGGAUGCUGGACUAGAUGGGACACUGGUCUGAUCCAGCAGCCGAGCUCUGUUUUAGGUUCUUAUGAGCUGGACUCCAACAUCAUCAUCGUGAUGUCAGGUGAUGGGCAAGUGGGCGGCCUCAUCCAACCCCUCCAAUGUGGCCAGCAGGAGGAAAGUGGCUGCAGUCCCUCCACAGCUACUGCCCUGUGCAAAUGGACAUAAGAUUAUGCAAUUGGCUUUGAUUGCAGCGAAGACAAGUGAGUGGGUCAGCCAAUAUGGAUGGAAAACCAGAGGGUGACAUUUAUUCCAUAGUCUUUCACUCUGGUAAGAAAGAAGUUGUUUUGUGUACGUGCCACUCUUUUCCUGGCCAAAGUUUUCCCAACAAUUAUUGAAGAUCUGGAGGGAAUUUGCCAUCGUGCUAUUAUGAUUGUUCCAUCACUGCAAAUAUUUCUGCGUACCGAACAGAACCAUUUCCCUUCUUCUCCCCAUUGCACUGUUCCUGGAGCACAGGAACCAGUUCCUAAGGGCCAAGGUCCCUCCCCCCCCAUAAAAUAUUUGAGGGGACCAGGGACCCCAAAGUUGAUGGGCAUUGCCAUUUAAUUGGUGUGUGUAUGCACCCUGUCUUGUGAUCAGUUAUGUGGGGCAGAGCUUACCUGCCCCCCCAUAUUUUAUUCACAUUGGCACCCCUCUUGUGGGGGGGUUCUUCCAGCCCCCCGGAGCAGAAUAGUGGGAGGGUUCUGUUUUUUAAAAAGGGCUGUCAAUUGGUUCAAAUGAUUAUUGAGUUCCUGGUAAUAUUGUGAGGCUAUAUUGUCAGGAUGGGACGUGGGUGGCGCUGUGGGUUAAACCACAGAGCCUAGGGCUUGCCGAUCAGAAGGUCGGUGGUUCGAAUCCCCGCGACAGGGUGAGCUCCCGUUGCUCGGUCCCUGCUCCUGCCCACCUAGCAGUUCAAAAGCACGUCAAAGUGCAAGUAGAUGAAUAGGUACUGCUCCGGCGGGAAGGUAAAUGGCGUUUCCAUGCGCUGCUCUGGUUCACCAGAAGCGGCUUAGUCCUGCUGGCUACAUGACCUGGAAGCUGUACGCCGGCUCCCUCAGCCAGUAAAGCGAGAUGAGCGCCGCAACCCCAGAGUCGUCUGCGACUGGACCUAAUGGUCAGGGGUCCCUUUACCUUUACCAUAUUGUCAGGAAGACAGGAUAUGCCUCCCCACCCUCCCCCAAAAUUUACAUUCGCAGCAGUAAUCAAGAAAUCACCUUACAGUAUCUACCACAGGAGAACACUCCAAUUUAAGAAAAGGAGGUUUCAGAUUUGUAAUUAAUGCAUCACAAUCAGCGGCUGGGUCGAUGCUUUCCCGCGGCAAUUAGCAACGUGUAUUUGCAAAUGAGGAACCUGACUUUGGGUUGCUUUCCAGGCAGAAAGGCAAAUCUGAGCAAGCCAUCAGUUAAUUGGGAGGCGAGUUUGCAACACAGAAACUCCUUCUUGUCUUAAUUUGACUGCAGCCCAGACUGGCGUCUUUCUUUGCAGAUGUGUUUUGCCAUUUGCCACUGAUGAAAUAGUAGUGAGUUAGUGCCGGAUUUGUACUAGGCUGUCCACAACACAACGUUCCACUUUAGUAGUUGUUCUGCAAUGCUUCCCCAGUGUUGCCGUAUUGUUGUGUCUUGGUUGGGGGGGGGCACUCGCACUACAGAGCAAUAAGAGCGGGUCAACAAAAGCACACUCUGCAAUGUUUGCAGUGCGGAGGACCCCAGGGUUUCAGCAGGAAUUUGCAGGGUGGAAAGGAAACAGAGUGUCUGUCCUUGAAUAUUUGCAGGUGUGAACGGUAUUGAGAGUUCAAACCAAUUGCAUAUAACGGGCUCUCUUCCAUCCUGGGUGCAAAUCAUCAUGGAUGCACAAUAAGGAGGACGUCUGAAGAGGCCCAACAGCCCCCUCAAUGCAGAAAGAGUUUUUGCACAUUUUUUGCAUUUUAACUGUAGAGCUUGAAUCUGGGGGCUUUUUCUGCAGGUGGUGUGCUUGCUCUGCCACCAGCUCUUUGAUCCCCUCUCAUAGCUUUUGUAGAUUUAAAAAAGUUUUUGGAAGAUGGGACAUGCUAGUAGAAGUCGAUGGAUGUUGGAAGAUUCAGGACAGAUAAAAGAAAGGAACUUUUUCACACAUUGCAGUCUUACACUGUGGAACUCACUCCCACAAGAAGCAGAGACAGAACACUUUUGCAGGAGCACUUUUGGCUCACCACCUGAGCCAAAACAGGAAGGUGCUAUCCUGCCCCUGCCAAAGCCUCUCUUAACCUGGGUCAUUGGCAAACCAGCUCUGUACUAUUUUGCCUGUGUUCUCUUAUUGCCUCUAAUUUUCCCGACGGGGCGUGUGAGCUUUUAAAAGCUCCGCAACGGGCAAAUUAUAGGGAGGUGGCUAGGAAAUGGGUUGUGGCUAGAAAGCUGCCGACCAGGGCCACGUCGUGAGGAUGCGGGAACAUGUGCCCAUCGUUUCUCUUGCCUCUGAAGCUCCCCAAGGAAAAGGCCUCAGAGCCAGAACCAGGAGGGAGGGAGUGCAUGUUCAGAAAAGUAAAAUAAAUGAAACGAACGAUUUCAGAGCCUGGCUAACGAAGGCUGCGCUAAUCGAUAGCUUGGAAAGGCCAAGACCGUAAGCAUGACGGCCAGGGACCUCCUCCUCUGCCAGUCCCUCUCCUCCACAACCCCCAAGAACCCAGCCGGUUUUCAAGUGCAAAGCUGGUGAGCAACGCAAAGAGCACACAUUUAAUGCACAGUUUGUUCCAUUACCCCGGCAAUUUGUUCCCCUGGUGAAGUGCCUGGCAUAUUUCUUUAUUUAUUUGUGUGUGUGUGUGUGUUGACAUUUGCCACACGGACAAGGAGACUGCCGUCUGGCCUUCCGGCCCGUUGCCCAAGCACGGCUUAGCGAGGAAAAUGAGGGAGCCUCAGCCGGCUCUCCCACCAGCCGCCAGCGCUAACAACUGCCUGCUCGGGCCCGCGAGGAGCUGCCGGGUGUGCGGCGCCAGGGCCCUCAUUUGCAUGGUGGAGGCGCUUCUUUUAUGCCCAAAUUAACGGGGCUUCGGCGGGAGGGGAAACUUCGCCAGGCAAUUUCCCUCCCCGUAAUUGCAGUGUUUAGCAAAAGCAGCACACCAGGCAAUUUUCCAGACUAGCGGUGGAUUCGCAAAGGCAGGAGGAGGAGGAGGAGGAGGAGAGGGAUGGAGGGAGCCUCCAUGUAUGUGUUCAGGAGGACAGCAACAGAAGGCUCUCCUGAUGCAAGGGGCUGUUGCUCAGUGGGUAGAGCACUUGCCUUGCACGCAGAAGGUCCCGGAGGGGGUUCAAUUCUGGGUAGGGCUUGCAAAAAGACUCCCUGGAGAGUUGUUGCCAGCCAGUGUAAGCAGUACUGAGGUAUAGAAUCAUAGAGCUGUAGAUUCUAAAAUGUAAUCUAACGGCCUGUCCCCACCCCAAUGCAGGAAUUGCAGCUAAAGCAUCCCUGACAGAUGGUCACCCAACCUCUACUUAAAAAUCUCCAAGGAAGGAGAGUCCGUCACCUCCAAAGGGAGUCCAUCCCACUGUUGAACUGCUCUUGCUGUCUGAAAGUUCUUCCUGAUGUUUAGUCUGAAGACUGUGACCAGGAGACUUGGGUGUGCCUGGUCUGCUUCCCAGGUGCUCACUGUAAAUGGGCAGCUACUUCAAGCGCCACCCCUGCCACCACGCCCUCCCUCCUUAGGAUGCUUCACCUGUACGCCAGGCUUGGGCUGGGCAGCAGCCUUCAAACAAAAGUUUGUCCUCGGUACCAUAGGGCCCCUCUGCCUGGGCACACUUAGAACUUCCCGGGAGGGGAUCGCAAGAGGGAGAAUUAUUCCACACCCUCACCCUGCCUGCCAAUCUUCUCAUGGAAAUGGCUCCUUGCCCAAGGCAGUUAACAGCCGCUGCCACUCAAUUAAGGAAAUCUUAAGCCAACAAGUUUUAAUUGAUUAGACUGUGGUUACCAGAUUUUUUUCAAUGAAUCUGGGGAGACUUUUUUAUUUUUUUUUGAAGCUGAGUAGCAACAGGGAGUCAGUAGUGGGGAUGGUGAGGCAAAGAACCCUGGGCCCAAGCACACAUGCAUAUUGUAUAAAGGUGCAACGCCCUUCUUUCGCACCCUGUGAAACAUAAAUGCACAGUUUUUUAAAAAAACUGGGCAACGGCGUCCCUGAUCUCCUGCCCCCUUUGUUUUGACAGAUCGGGGGAGGCUUGGGAGUCACGGGCAGGCAGCCGUUGCCCAGGUUUUUAAAAAAAAACUCUCCACAUUUAUCUUUCGCAGGGUGCGAAAGGACUUUGCACCUUGCCUGGCAGAGAAACUGCACACCUUGCACCCCUCCUGGGUAACAGCCACCCACCUGUGACUCCUGAGCCUCCCCCAAUCUGUCAAAUAAAGGGGGCAGGAGAUCUGUCCCGCCGGACGUCCCUGGUUCACCUUCGGCAGUGGCAGCGAGCAGCAAGCAGCUCCUGAAGCCAGCCAACUGCGCUACCAGGCUGGCUCUGGGCUGCUGAGGCUGCCGCUGCCAUGUUUCCCAGGAACAGAUUUGCAAAUCUGGGGACUGUCCCCGGGAACAUCUGGGAGCCCUAGAUUAGACGGCGACAUUUGCAUGCGACCGUAGCUGUAGUUUUGGAGGGGAAUGCUUCCUUUGGUUCCAAAUGGGGCAGGCGCAGGUCGCAAUGGAUGCCGUUAUUUUGGAAGAGGCUUCUCCCGCUGUGUGAGACAGGGCAAGGCAGCUUCUCAGAUGGAGCCCAUGAUUAGCACGUGGGUUACUUACUUAUUUAUUUUAAUUAACCUGAUCAAUUAACCUGAUCAAUCAGGAGUCUUGCUGUUGGGGGCACUGUGCCUCUGAAUAUACCAGUUGCUGGGAAUCGCCACCAACUUUUGCGGCUAUAAAAGAAGAUUAGAUAAAUUCAUGGACAACAAUGAUCCAUGUCCUGUUUCUGCUGUCAAAGGCAUUGGGACCUCUGAGUAUGGUUUUCUGGGAAUCACAGGUGCCGAGAGUCACUGUUGAGCUCAGGUCCUGCCUUUGGGCUCCACACAGGGCAUCUUGUUGGGCACUGAGAGAUGCUGUGCUAGAUGGGCCACUGGCCUGAUCCUGCAGGCUCUUCUUACAUUCUUAUGAGUGCACAUCUUCUAAGCUGGCCGAAGCUGCUGGUGGCUGUUGUCAGGUUGAUGAAGGUUGACUUGAACUCAGAAAGUAGCUUGAACUGCUUGCUAAAUCAAAGACAACAGAAAAGGUCUGUUCUACCAUCACACAAAUCCCCUUUCUUGUCAUGUCAACCCACUGUUGAGGUCCUUCCCUGAUCCUCAACAACAACAACAACAGCAACAACUAUUUUAUUAUUUAUACUCCACCCGCGGCCACUCUGGGUGGCUUAUAGCAUAUAUAAAAACUUGUAAAACAUCAGACAUUAAAAAUUCCCCGAUACAGGGCUGCCUUCAAAUGUCUUCUAAAAGUAAGGCAGAUGUUUUAUCUCAUUGACAUCUGACGGGAAGGCGUUCCACAGGGCUGGUGCCACUACCAAGAAGGCCCUCUGCCUGGUUCUCUGUGGUUUCACUUCUCACAGUGAGGGAACCACCAGAAGGCCCUCAGAGCUGGACCUCAGUGUCCGUUGAGUUGAGAAACUCCUUCAGGUCUACUGGGCCGAGGCUGUUUGGGGCUUUAAAGGUCAGCACCAACACUUUGGAUUGUGCUAGAAAACAUACUGGGAUCCAAUGUAGGUCUUUCAGGACUGGUGUUAUAUGGCCUCUGCCUUGUGGGACAUCUUAGGGAGAAGAGAAGGCUAAGGAGUAACCCUAUGCAAAUCCAAAGUUGUUGGAUGGGGUCUUGUACGCCUCCUUCUGGCAACUCCUGCUGCAAAGCUGGUGCCAAAUGUCUUGCUCUGCCUUCCUUUGGACCCCAUCAGCGAGGCCAAGAGGCGGGUCCUGUCCUCUGGGCAUCCCAGGACCUCCAGACACACUGCCCAGACUUGCACCCUGGUGAGGUCACUUUGGCACUGCUAAUACAGCAAAAAAAACAAGACGGGAGGCAGCAAUUACGAGUUGCCGGCCUCUGCAGCCACAGCAGGCUUUGUGAUUCUUCAGGGGUUUGGCUUCACCUCUGCAGACACACUCCAUUGUCUCUCGAGACAGACAGAGCCCACAAAUUCUCCAGAGGAGUAGCAGCCGCCAAGCUGAUGUCCUCCGGAUGUUGCUGGACUACAACUUCCAUCAUCCCAGACCGCUGGUCAUGCUGGACGGGGCUGAUGGAAGUUGGAGUCAUCUGCAGGGCAACAGGUUCCCCAGUCACAGAACUGUCCACAGCCAUCUGUGCACUGCAGCGCUCUGGCACCUCCCAGGUGGAAGGAGGAUGGAUGUGUUUAAGGGAUGCACAACGUCUUGCCCAGUGGCUUCCCACGGAUGUGCAGACAUGCCCCAAGUGAUGAGAAAUGUGUAUGUGCAAAUGGGGAGAGGCUGUGUCCUGGGACAGCUCUGCGCCUGCGGGGUUUUUUGCCUGGAUUGUUUGCAUUAACGUGCGGGAGGAGAAGCAGAGGGCCGCCUGCCCCCAAAUGGCCAUAAAUCCAAAGAUUUACGGGGCCGGCAAGUGGGGUUGUUCUUUGCUUCCGCUCCACGUCCCUUGAGCACGUGUCAACAUGUUAUACUGCUCCAUGCCACCCAACCAAGGGGGACCGAAAUUGGGUUUACAGGAGAGCUGGAUUUCUCUUGGAUUUAUUGCCCAUCUCAGGAUUUUUAAAACGUUCCUUAAAUCACGGCGCUUAUGAUAAAAGCCUCUGGAGUAGAGCAGCUCAGUGCGUGUGUGAAUGCAGGCGUGCAUAGGGGCAUAUGUUGGCCAGCCUACAAUUUCACCCAUUAAGGGAUCUUAAGAGAUUGAACUACAGAGCUAUCUAGUUGGAAGGGACCCCGAGGGUCAUCUAGUCCAACCCUCUGACAGAUAUGGCCAUCCAACCUCUUCUUAACGACGUCCGAUGAGGGAGAGUCACCACCGCCUUCUAUUCCACUGUCAAACAGCUCUUAAGCAUUUGGUCUGAAUCUCCUUUCUUGGAACUUGAAUGCAUUGGUUUGGGUUUUACCAUCCAGAGCAGGAGAAAGCAAGCUUGCUCUAUCUUCCAUGAGACAGCCCUUAAGAUAUCUGAAGACAGCUACGAUAUCACAGAUUGAGUUGCUGUUCCUGUUCUGCAGGGUGACGCUAAAUGACCCCACUCUUUUGGCUGGCCCAUUCAAUCCAGAAUCCUGUUCCCUGCAGAAGCCAACCAGAUGUCUCUGGUUAGAGCAGCCAACAUCAACCGGGUACCAAAGACUUUGGUCAGAGUGUUAGAUAAGGAUGGGGAUACCCAAGUUCAAAUACAGUACUCAGAUCACUGGGUGUAACUUUGGGUGUCUCCCUCUCUCCUUACCCUUGUUUUGAAUUUUCAUGUUUGCUGCCCUGAGCUCCUUGGGGAGGAAGCGUGAAAUAUAAAUUUAGUAAAUGAAAGAAUGAAGUGAUAAGCUCCUUUGCCUUUAACUGCAGCACAACCCACAGGCAUUCAGCAAGGAAGCCAUUCCCUUGCACGGAGAUGAGUGCUGGGGAAUCUUCUUCAUCCCAGGCUUCUGUUAAAUGCACAGGAGCUGGAGCAGUUUAAAUAAGCUGGCAAUCCAGGAAAUAGGUCUGGGCUUUGCAAGAGGUUGGAGCAAAUAACUCCAGCUUUAAACAGAUUAGGCUUUGCUUGCGUCUCUGUUGCAUUGUCCCUAUGAGGUGUCACACGCUGACAGACUGACACGGGCAAACACUGCCUCUGUCAAGACACCUUUUUCCAAAUCUCUCCUCCGAAGGCUUUUGAGUGAGCUUCCUGGCUGUCUGGAUCCGAGCGCCUCUGCAGCCAGCGAGAUCCAUCAUCGUUGCUGUUAGAUGAUGGUUUCUCAGCUUUGCUUGAAACGGCAUAAUAGCCUUAUGUCAAGAUUAAUUGACUCCAAUUCACAGGACAGGAAAAAGGAGAGUCCUUUGUUAGAGACGAUAAUGGACAGACACACGGCUUCGCUGUGUUUCAUGGGGUUUCUUUUACUGGGCAGGGCAUUGAAUUGCUUAAGCUGGGAGAUGUGACCAACUAUUACAGCCUGACAGUGUGGCAGGAGUGUUAAGAGACUGAGCUGUAAAUCGGAAGGUGCCUGCUUUGGAUUCUGCCUCUGGCAUGGACUCCCAAGGCAGCCUUAGAAUAGACUUUCAUUCUCCCCUCCCCUAGCCUGCAAUAUGAUGCUCACCUACCUUAUAGGGAUGGCGUAAGGAUUUCAGCAAGAUGAUGUAUGCAAAAAAACUAUUGAUACAUGCAAGGCUGUGCUGAUUGGGGGUAUUGGGAGCUCUAGUCCAAAAGAGCUGGUGAGCUUCUCCAGGUUGGAGAAUCACAGAAUUCCAGAGUUGGAAGGGACCACGAGGGUCAUUGAGUCCAACCCCCUGCAAUGCAGGAAGCUUUCAAACAAAGUGGGGUCAGAUCCCACAACCCUGAGAUUAAGAGUCUCAUGCUGUGCCAAGUGAGCUAAGAAGCCUGCUCUAUCUUCCUAUAUACAUAGAAAUGUAAGGCUGUCAUCACGCAGGGUCCAUUGGAGGAUUUGUAGUGCCAUGUUACAAUCCUGGAAUUUGGGGCUGGCAAGGGGACAAGCGAACCUGGCUGUUGCAUGGGGUGGGGAGGGGACGUUUUAGGGGGUGUAUUGCUGGCUGAUUGGUGAGCAGAGGGAAGUCAUGCCAGGGAGAAAGUCUAUAGAAAAAAGUUUUCCCCCAGCUCUCAGAACACCACAACCUGUGGACAUCAGUGAAGCUGAAUGCUGGAAGAUUCACGACAGAUUAAAGAAAGUACAUCUUUGUGUAGCGCAUAAACUGUGGGAUUCAAUCUCGCAGGAGGCAGUGGUGACCAGUGGGUCAUUGGCCUGGUCAAGCAUUAGGAGAAAUAUUUUAAGUACAAAAAAGUGUUCACUCUUGCUGUGACUUUUCCCUUCCCCUCCUUGCAACUGAGAUAGAAUUUCUUAAGCACUGUGAACCCAGAUAAUUUCAAACAGUGAUAAUUCAAAGACCCCUGCAUGGGGAACCCUCUCUGAUUUAAUUUCUCAUUUGAGAUUAAACAAUUGGGGGGGGGGAAGCUCCCCUGUCAGCCCCUGUCAGGUAUCUGUACCCUCUUUCACUUUGCAGGGAUCGUUCAUCACUCUCUGCCUUUCUCCCUCACCUGUGUCCCCUUUGUCCUCUCCAGGCUGGACGCCUCUUAGUCCUGAUUGCUCCCUGUCUCUGUAGCAUUCCUGGCUUAAUCACAGCCUCGUAGAAUAAUAUUGGUUCUCUCCCCUCCAUAGCUUUUUACAUUUUGAACGGGAUCCAAGUCGGAGCUUGCAGGCUCAUUUCCUACCCGGCGAUAUCAGCCGCGCUCGUGCCUCUGACCUUGCACGGAGAAUUCAACGUUUUGCAGUGGGCCUGAGAAUCAAACCAUCCAUUACAUGCAGGCAGCUGUCAGGGUUAUGACAGCCAUAUGCUGAAGCAGGGAGCACUUCUACCGACCCUUCCCACUGGGUAACGCUACCAGCCUGGCAAGAGGAAGGCUGCUGUAGCUGUGUGGGUCACGCAGAAGAGGAAAAGGGGAGGUCCCACCAAGAAGCAGUAGAAGGUUGGCCUGCAAAACAACAACAACAACAACAAUAACCCAUGCAGGGGUUGUCAACGUGGUGCCCACGGGAUGGGCAGUAUACCUGCCGGUACCUGCCAGGGUACCUGGGAAAGGUCUCCAUAUUCUUUCAGAAACCCGCAGGUUUGCUUUUCCUGUUCAGUUCCUGUUUGCUCUUCGCUCAGCCUCUCCUUCCUUGGACAUGCUGCUUCAGAAAUGCAUUGCAGGAUGCCAGGACCGGAUACUCAGCCCCCCUGCCAUUCUGAGCAGAGGAGAGGUGCCCAAAGUUUCUUUCUAUGAGUGACAUGGGGCCUUUACUCCCCCCUCAGAAUGAGGGGAGCCUUGCGCACGCUGUUUGGCGGUCUUGUCCCUUGCUCUGUUCUUUUAGACUUAGGCCCUGGGUUGCCACCUUUGUUCUAGCAAAAUACAGGGCAGGACGGAGGGGGGGCGGUGUGGGCGAUUUCCUCCCUACACCUGAUGCCGAAAUGACUUCAAAGCAUCCAUUGCAAUCUAUUGCAGCCUAACCGGAUGACCCCUCUGCAAUUUGUCACACACACCUAUGGACACGAAUUUCUAAAUCUGUCUGUCCUUUGCUACCCAGAACUUAAACACAUGACCUGACACGCACAUGCAGUACUGUGCGACAAUACAUGCAGGCCAAAAAAUAAGUAAGGGGGGGGGAUAUACUGCUGAGGGGACAAGCUUCGUUCCACAUGCUAAAUUUCUGACAGAAAAGAAAAUAUUAGGGGGCAGGAGGAGGGCAAGACUUGUGGAGAGCUACUGGGAAUCAGAGAAUUGCAGAAUUGGAAGGGACCCCGAGGGUCAUCUAGUCCAACCCUCUCAAUGCAGGAAUCAACAAAAGCAUCCAGGACAGAUUGCUACCCAACCUCUGCUUUAAAACCUCCAAGGAAGGAAAAUCCACAACCUCCUGUUCCUCUGUCAGACAGCUCUUACUGAGAGAAAGUUCUUCCCAAUGUUUAGUUGGAAUCUCCUUUGUUGCAACUUGAAGCCAUUGGUUCAAGUCCUACCCUCCAGAAAACAAGCUUGUUCCAUCUUUCCUGGGACAGCCUUUCAGAUAUUUGGCUCUCAUAUCUCCUCUCAGUCUCCUCUUGUCCAGGCUAAACAUACCCAGCUCCUUCAACCGCUCCUCAUCAGGCUAGGCUUCUCCCCCACCCUCCUCUCUCAAAUAUCAUGUAGAUAAUAACCAUGUUCAGAACUGGGGCUUCUGGGCUACACUGACACAAAACAGCUUGCUUCCAGAGUCUCGGAACCUGUUGUUCUCUGAGGGAUGGUCCAGUGCUCCCAGGCGGCCUUAACCCAGCCGAAGCUCUCAGAGAACUGGAAGCGACAACACAAAAGCCUUGCCCUUCCAGCUUGACGAUUCUAUGGUUCUGUGAUGUGGCCCAAAUUGCAGUAAUAAAUAAUAAUAAUAAUAAUAAUAAUUUAUACCCCACCCUCCCCAGCCAAGACCAGGCUCAGGGCGGCUAACACCAGGUAUAAAACAAUUGAUUAAAAUGCAACUUAAAAACAAGAUUAAAAUACAACAUUAAAAUGAAGCCUCCUUUCAGUAGAAACUCAAAUCAAAAACUUUUUGGGGAUGAAAACGUCAAAUCUUCACCAAGCCCAACUGUCCAGACUGGUCCUACGUGGGCCAGGAAAAAAGCCAAGGAAGUCCCCAAAUAGGACUUCCAUCACAGAAGGAGAAAGGAGAAAGGAUAGAGGGGGAGGGGAUCAAGUUGAUUCCAAGCCAAAGGCCAGGCGGAACAACUCUUGUCUUACAGGCCCUGCGGAAAGAAAUCAGAUCCUGCAGGGCCCUGGUCUCAUGAGGCAGCGCGUUCCACCAGGCCAGAGCCACCGCUGAGAAGGCCCUGGCUCUGGUUGAGGCUAAUAUGACUUCCUUAGGGCCCGGGACAUCUAGGGUGUUGCUAUUGGGGCAUACCAGGAGAGGUGGUCCCAUAGGUACGAGGGUCCUAAGCCGUGAAGGUCAUGCAAGCACAAUCACCGCAUACCCACAUUCUAUAAUAAUAACUUUACUAAUUUACCCAUCUGACUGGGUUGCUCCAGCCACUCUUGAGGGGCUUCCAACACAUAUAAAAACAUAAUACACUGAAAAUAGGAACACGCUAAGGAAAACCAGGACCCUCUGGGAUCAAAUCAGAAACUGGGAUGGCUCCUGUAAAUCUAGGUUUGUCCCUGGAAAACAGGGACACUUGGUGGGUGUCUCACCGCCAACCCUCCAGAGGGACCCAGGACCCUUCUCAGUCCCCAGGACCUCAUUUCCCAGAGCUCAAAGCAAGUGAGGCCAACAAAGCGAUCUGAAUAAAUCAAUUAUUUCAGGGCAUCUGACUGGUCUUGUGAUUGAUUCUUCCUGGCAACAAGCUGCCGCCACCAUUAGCUGAUUGUUUCUUGAGAGGAGAGGCUUUUGUCUGAAUAGCAUCCCAUGGUGGGGGAGAAGGAUUUGAAGGUGGGGGGGGGGCUCAGUGGGGCAGCUGGCAAGGAAUAUUGGGCUUGAGAUCCCCACCAGUUCCUUUGUGUGCAGGUGAACACAUCCGCCUUUCGAGUUCCUUACUAGAGGGAAAGACUUCCUGGUCUAGGUGUUCCUCUGAAUAGAAUACAGUGGUACCUCAGGUCCGUUCUUAACCUGAAACUGUUCUUAACCUGAAGCACCACUUUAGCUAAUGGGGCCUCCUGCUGCUGCCGUGCCGCCAGAGCCCCAUUUCUGAUCUUAUCCUGAAGCAAAGUUCUUAACCUGAAGCACUAUUUCUGGAUUACCGGAGUGUGUAACCUGAAGCAUAUGUAACCCGAGGUACCACUGUAAGUGUGUUUAUUGCCCUGACGGGUGUUUACUGUGGAGUUGGUGCAGGAUGCAAGUUUUCCCACAGCAUCCACACAGCACGAUCCUCAUCAAAAUGUCUUCCCAUUUCAGUUUCCCAAUUAAAUCCAGAUGUACCAUUUCAAUGGACAAAUCUAACAUUAAAAAUACAAACAAGAAUUUGGGGUGGCAUUCUCAUCAGGAUAAUGUCCUGUGGCUACUACAAAAAACAAAAAAAGUGCAUUGCAUUCACGAGUAGCAUCAAUUCCACAAUAAACUUAACAUAUGGAACCCUUCUAAAUUAUGAAACAACUAUAUAAUUUCAGUCAUGAAUAUUUGAAAAAAAGAUAAAAAAGAUGUAGCCUCUGAGCUUGCACAGAGUGCUUUCCCCUAUGCAUUAAGUAGACUGCUUAGAUAUAAUUUUGCUUAAGUGGUAUAUAAAUCUUUCUAAAUAAAAUUUUAAAAAAUAGUUGUAACUUCCUCAUGUGCAAAACUAUUUGACCGUAGAUUUUUACAGCAUACUCAAAAAACUGGUAGCCUCCAAACAUUUGCAGAGUGCCGUUUCCCUGUGCAUUGAUGAGAUGCAACCCGCUACACCAUUAAAAACUGGCAAGGGUGCUAGGCAUUUGAAGGAAAACACACACCCAAAGAAAUGGUAAACCUUGAGCAUGUGCAGAGUGCCUUCUCCUGCACAAUGGUUAGAUGCUCCCCACCCCUAGGCAAACCGUUCCGCCAUCUAUAGUACUGUCCAAAAACUCAGCAGCCCGAUCCUGCAAUCCAUUCUCCCACCAGAUUAUUAAGAAUCUCGUCUGCCUGUGAUCAUUAGGUCUCAUUUGUCACGGUCCUUAUUUGAGCCCUUGAGAGGAUAAAAUAGGGCACGGACAGGAUCACAUUUAAAUCUGGGAUUUGGGUGCAGGCUGGACAAGGGGCUUAGACCCCAGCACCUCUCCUUUCAGCAACUAAGCAUCAGCGGCCAGCCAUCUCUGCAUCUCUCAAGAAGCACCUCCCUCAACCAGCAGAGAAGGAGCGAGAGGCUGGAGCACAGGAAAUGAAAAUAUCUUGGAGAGGAAAGAGGGCAAAGGGCACAGAGAUGAGUGGGAAAGGCACUUAGAUAUGAUAAAAUUGGCCAGAAGAAGAACUGGAUUCCGGGGGCUCCAAGUGUGGCUGGUCAGAUGUCACCAGACCCAGUGGAAGAUGCUUCCCUCCACUGUUAAGAGGUAGGAUCAAGGCCGGCCCAAGACAUUUUGCUGCCUGAGGCAAAGAACAAAAUGGCACCCACCCACCCAUUUCCCAGAGAGCGGGCUAACGGAACUGACUGCUAAAUUCUAUUUCAGUGCUAGUAAUAGGGUAGAUAUAAAAGUUGUGGGCAAGUUGCAUGACACACAACUCUCUUCUCCAACUGAAAGUUGUGGUCCAGGAACUCAGGAUGAAGAGCUGAGAGGCACCGCCGCCUCCCAGUAUGUGCCACCUGAGGCAGUCAUCUCGCUCUGCCUAAGGGUAGGACCGGCCCUGGGCAGAAUGAAUUAGGGGCGAAAGAAGGAAUCCUUUUCUCUUCCUUGCCUGCAGCACCGUUUCCAUAUUGCUGCAGUUCCCCUUCUGCCAGAAGCAAUGUUAUUCAUCUCACGGCCAUCCUCAGCAAGAACAGUCAAUGGUAAUGGAAGAUGGGAACUGUAGCAAUAUCUGGAGGGCCGAAGGUUCCUCACAUGUGCUGCAAGUUUUGCAUGGACAUAGCCAUAGGAUGGGAAGAAAGAGGACCCCUCACUCCUCUGUGCCUGAUGUAUUUUCUCUCUACCUCAACAGAUUGAUCAAGAUGGUCUGACGUUGUCUGAGAGGACCCUCUACCUGGGACAGGAUGAGGAGAGUGAAAAGGUGAGUGAAAAGUGUCAACACACAGGUAAAUAUUAUGCUGGGGGAAUUUAAAAUAUAUGAAUCCCUGUGGACCCACAGGUGUGGGUAAAGAACAAAAUAAUCGGCUGGGUGCCUGGGUUCAAAACUGCAGGUCUUGCACACUGUAGGAUCAUCUGCUCCAACCCCUUGCGAGGCAGGAAUCUUUUGCCCAACGUGAAACUCGAACCCGUGACCUGGAGCCAGACAUCGCCAUAUACUGGUGGCAUGGAACGGCAGUGUUCCUCAAUAUUUGCAUAAGAAAUAAAAUCAUGCUGUAUCUCAGGAAAAUGGCCAUUCGACCUCUGCCCAUUUAGUUUGUCAAAUGCCUUUUCAAGAAGGACCGUUUUACCAAACCCAGCCUGCUAAUUCCUUCGUCCCUUCGCAGAUCUUGGCUGCCUAUCGCAUCUUCAUGGAGAGGCUGUUGAGUCUGCUGGGCGCUGAGAACGUGGAGCAGAAAGCCAGCGAGAUUCUGCAGCUGGAGCAAAGGCUGGCCAACGUGAGUCCACCAUUCCUCUUCUCCUUUCUGAAGGUGGAGGCAGGGCUGGAGAGGAAAAAUAAAUGAGGGGUGGGGUCCAGGGCUGGCCAUUCCUGGAAGAGGCGGUCUGUAUCAGAUCAUACCCCAGCAGUGAACUUCUGGAGCAAUUCAUAGUCCUGAGGAGGGAUCGGGGAGGAAUUCGUUUUGAUUUGCAUUUCGGUGAGAGCUUAGCCGAUCAUUUGCACAUUCUGAAACAAUGUGCAAACUGGAACAUGGUGUUCCUUUGGCAUUUGCACAUUUCUGAAUUUUGCAGCGCACUUCUCCAGCCAAAUAGCGUGCAGGAAAACGCAACUGGUAGCAGGAAGCAUACCUAAAAUGUUCAUUUAUCCAUUAAAAUAGUGCACGGAGAUAUGCAUUAUUUUGGAGGGAAUUGCUUGCAAUGUCAGGGGACAUGCUGACAAAUCUUCAUGAGAAUUUUUUAAAAGUAAGGUCACAAACCAAUGCAGAAACAUGGCAAGCUUGAACUUAUGAUGGUAAAUGUUAGAAAUGAAGAGUGAAAUUGACAGAUUCAUCCACCCCUAGUUCUGAGUCGCAGGGACAGAGCUCACCUGGGUGGAUGCUGAUUGUCCCAGGGGAGCUGCUACACCUGUCCACCUGCAGUUCCCACCUGCCGGCCCUAAACAUUCUCCUGUGAGCACAUGCUGGAGGGAAAUGAGAUGAAUGUGGGGGUCGCAUGGGGCAAGAUGCUGAGUCGUUUGUAUCUCACAGGUUUUCAGAUUUGCUGUGAAACUCUGAAGCUCUCCUUACCUGCAUUUAAAACGUGAGAUUAUAGCUGACAAUUCUGAGGGCGUUUGGGGUGUGCGUUUUGCAUUAAAACACAAUCCAACUGGCACAUGCAAACUACCUAGCUGUCAUCUCUUUUCCCUAGAGAAUUCUGGGAAAUGUAGCUCCCUAAAGAGAGGACUGAGAUAACAUCACUCUCACCUAGCUGCCAUUUCCAGGAUUCUUGGGGGUGGGCUUUUUUCUGUUUCUUUCCUUUCCUAUUACAUUUAUACCCCCCUUCCCUCUAAGCAGCUCAAGACAGUGUAUGUGGCUCUUCCUGCUCCCCCUUUUAUCCUCAAUGACAACCCUGCAAGGUAAGUUAGGAUACAGAACCACCCCUCCUGUUUCCUCUCCCAUUUCUCAGAUCACGGUCUCCGAGUACGACGACCUGCGCAGGGACAUCAACUCCAUGUACAACAAGGUGACCCUGGGAGAACUACAGCGCAUCACACCUCAUGUAGGUUUGCAGUUGUAUUGGGCCACUUUCCCCUUUCGGGAGAGAGCAGUUGGAAAAAAUGAGAGGCGUUUUGUGACCCCACUGGUUCAUUCCACCCAUGGGUCCUGCAUUCCACACACAUGGGCUGUGCAUUCCACAAAAGGGAAUGCAUUCUACACAUGGGUGAUGCAUUCCACACAUGGGCCAUGCAUUCCACUAUUUUGUCAUGCAUUCCACUCCAUGCGCCAUGGAGGUCUGGUCCACGACUGAUACAAUCAAGCUCCCACUUCUUUAACUGGAGGGUUCAACCCACCUUGACACAGUCUUUAUAGACCAUGCCAUAGCCCCGCCCCUUAGUCAAUCAGGAGCCCAAGCUCCCCUGGGUCCUAGCUCUGCUCCUCUCUCUAUCAACUCCAAAAUGGCUGGAUUUGGUUACAGCCGCUUGCUGCCUGUUCCGUAUGACAGUGAUAGGGAAUCUGUGGCAGGAAUGAUGGGAAUUGUAGUCCAUCAAUAUCUGGACUACAUUCACCAUCCCCGUCAUGCACAGAAUGAACAGUAAAAAAACAAAAACAAAACCCAGUGAUACUCAGAAAGAACUGGUCAAAAGGACAGAAGUUACUUGUUGUUUACUGCUGUAACAAUUGUUUUCUCAAAAUUUAUCUUCCGUACCAUGAAAAUAGAUAAAAACAGUAUAUAUAUAAAAAGGACAGAAAUGGGAUACAUUCUGGGAAGCUCUUAUUUUUAAUCUCCAGUUCAAAUGGAAGAGGCUCCUUGACAGAAUAUUCCAUGACAAUUUUUCCGAGGAUGAGGAGGUGGUUCUGCUGGCCACAGACUACAUGCAGAGGGUGUCUGAGCUUAUCCACAGCACACCUAUCAGGUAAGGAUGUGGCCGAGAGGAAGCCGGCUUGCUAUCUCUCAGCCUGGCCUACCUCAUAGGGCUGUUGCUCACAAGGCCGACCUACGGGAGUGAAGCUAACUGGUUGGGAAGUUUCCUUGCUGCAAUUCAAUGCCCACAGAAAACUGCAUGGAUCCAGUUUUCCCUCCACCCUGGAUCUCUGGAGUCCCAGAAAGACAAUAGUCGCCUUAGGCUAUGCACAGAAGAUCUCCUGCAUACAGGAUGCCGUGCGCCACUGCGCACCAGUUUGCAAAAGGUGUUUGGUGGUGGUUCUUGCUGGCCACUCCUUUUGCUGGUUUUAAUUGGACCUUUAGCCUCAUUACGGUGGCUGUUACUGUGCUGUCCUGAUCCCUUUAGCAUCAACCUUUCUUCCACAAUUUGCUGUGCUUUCCUAAGCCCAGAUUAUACAUUUAGCAAAACAAAACAAUUAGUCCUUUUUUUCCACACUGCUACUUCAGAGUGCCAGGGUGUGGCUUUCCAUGUCUGAAUGCUCCCCACCGUUCUCCAAAUGAUGUGAACUCAUUUCCCUGAUACGCUAGCUUUCUACAUGCAAGGUGGUCCUGCUGGUGGACAACUAAGGUGUUGAAGCCGGGGGGGGCGGGGACUGGCGUACAUGAUUUUGCCGCAUCUGAAAAUGUGGGCCUCUGAGGAAAAGAGAGGGAAAUGAGGCUUAUAUGGGUUCCUUACUUCCCCUCACCCCACCGGACCAGGAUAUGCUGCGUCCGAGCCCCCUGCUAAACCGGUUUGCCCUCCUUCUGCUGCAGGAUCCUCCACAACUACAUGCUGUGGCGCAUUGCGGUGGUGCUGAGCGAACAUCUCUCGACACCCUUCCGAGACGCCAUCCACGAACUCGCCAAGGAGAUGGAGGGAGCCGAGAAGCAGAUGGAGCUGGGAAAAGUGUGCUUGAGCCAGGCCAACAAGCACUUCGGGAUGGCUUUGGGCGCUCUCUUUGUGGAGGAAUACUUCUCUUCUGCCAGCAAGGCCAAGGUAGGAGCCAGCGCAAGAUGGCGGACGGUGGGCAGGCAGGGUUCUGAUUGGGUAGGGGAAAAUGCAUUCUGGGAGUUUCCAGAGGUGGGAAACCUUUUCUAGCCUGAGGGCCGUAUUCAGCCUUCUGAGGGCCACUUUCCAGUGGGGGGUGGGGCUGGGGCCCAAAGAGGGCGUAGCAAUGACCUGCCCGCAGACUGUCUCACCAGAGUGGUGCAUGCUCUGGUAAUCUCCCGCUUGGACUACUGCAAUGCGCUCUAAGUGGGGCUACCUUUGAAGGUGACCGGAAACUACAAGUAAUCUAGAAUGCGGCAGCUAGACUGGUGACUGGGAUCAGCCGCCGGGACCAUUUAACACCAGUCCUAAAGGAACUUCAUUGGAUCCCAGUACAUAUCCGAGCACAAUUCAAAGUGUUGGUGCUGACCUUGAAAGCCCUAAAUGACCUCGGCCCAGUAUACCUGAAGGAGCGUCUCCACCCCCAUCAUUCAGCCUGGACACUGAGGUCCAGCUCCGAGGGCCUUCUAGUGGUGAAGCUACAGGGAACCAGGCAGAGGGCCUUCUUGGUGGUAGCGCCCACCCUGUGGAACGCCCUCCCAUCAGAUGUCAAGGAGAAGUUUUUAAAUGGUUAAUGUUUUAUUAAGUUUUUGUGUGUGCUGGAAGCUGCCUCAAUUGGCUGGGGCAACCCAAUCAAAUGGGCAGGGUAUGCAAGCAUUCGAGAUCUAAAUUGGAACUUGACAACAUGGCCUACCAUCCAUCUUUGCUGGCAGAAUCAAAGGCAGCUUUCAAGUCAAUAAAGGCCAUGAUCAAAGCCCUGCUUGUUCUUCUGGAAAAAACAUUGUUUGCCUUGGCCUAAGCCUCUGAUCGAUAAAGAAGGAACUUAGCAUACACUUCAGACACAAUGCUAUCUAUUAAACUGAUUGGUCUGUAGUUACUGAUCUGUUGUUGUUUUUUAUUGCCUUUCUCGUAAAUGUUCAUUGGCAGAAAGAAAGCAGAUUUUGUUGGCCUUUACUGCCCAUCAGUGGGGAGUAAAGCAGACGUCUCAGGGGUUUUGAAGCACUGCGUGGGGCUCAUUGCAACCCCUGUGCUGUGCUUUGACGUCCCAGCAAAAUAUCUUAGGCUAGCCUUGGGUUGCUGGGUCUUCCUCACAUCUCUUUGCCCUGAAUUGCUUGGAGAACGGCGUGUGUCUUCCGUGUUCACUCAUGCCACCGUGGGCAACUUCCUUUGAGCAGGUGCAGCAGCUAGUGGAAGACAUCAAACACAUCCUGGACCGUCGACUGGAAGAAUUGGACUGGAUGGAUGAGGAGACACGGCGGGCGGCUAGAGCCAAGGUAGGCAACCGGCGAGGGGCAGGGCUGUGUGGGGAGGGACCGAAGAAGAUUCUACCCAGACCCAGAAGCCACACCCUGAGCAUUGUGCCCUAGAGGUCAAGAAAGGGCUAGGCAUAUCAGCUCCUUUGUGAGAUGAUAAGGGGCCCAGAAUCUAAGCCUGAUGAGGAACGGUUGAAGGAUCUGGGUAUGUUUAGCCUGGAACAGAGGAGACUGAGAGGAGAUAUGAUAGCCAUCUUCAAGGACUGUGUCAUGGAAGAGGGAGCAAACUUAUUUUCCUCUGCUCUGGAGGGUAGGACUUGAACUAAUGGAUUUGUGACAAUACAGGAGAUUCCGACUAAACACCAGGAAUAACUUUCUGGUGUUAAGAGUUGUUUGACAGUGGAACGGUCUCCCUCAGAAGGUGGUGGACUCUCCUUCCUUGGACGUUUUUAAGCAGAGGUUGGAUUGCCAUAUGUCAUGGGUGCUUUAGCUGAGAUUCCUGCAUUGCAGAGGGGUUGGGAUAGAUGACCUUUGGGAUCCCCCUUCCAACUCUGCGAUUCUAGGAUUCUAUGACUUUGAGAAACCUUUUGCACUCACAAACCAGGAGGCACAAAAGGAAGGCACUAUUUAUCCAUCCAUCCAUCCAUCCAUCCAUCUAUGAUUUCUAAGAAUAUUUAUGAACUGCCAGUUCCAGCUCAUUAAAAAAAAAUUAUCAUGGCAGUGUACUAUAGAAUAAUCAGAAGGGCAUACAAGUAUAAAAUCACCAAAGGAGAACAAAUAACUGACGCUGAUUCAAAUUAAUUCCCUAAAAACGCUUGGUGGAACAAAAACAUUUUCAUGGCUGUUGACGGAAUAUCAACAUGGGAGGUGCCUGUUUGAUCUCAUUGGGAAUGUGCUCCAAAUUACUGGUGGUGCUUGGCCUUGGUGUGCCUUGAAACAAAAUGAAGAUGAUGUGACGUUGGGACAGUCAGUGUGCUGGCCCCGGGGGUGACCUGAGAAACGCAGUCCAGGUCCGGUCCCAAAUCCAAGGGUUCUUCUAGGAGUCAGUCCAACAGGGUCAAGGCAGGAAACCAGGCAAGGACAGGUACAGGAUCUCAGGCAGGAUCUAGCAUACAGCAGUGUUGCUCCCGCAACCUGGGGCGGGGUCCGACAGCCUUUUAUCUUUGUCGGGGUAGCAGCCGGUCCUGAUCCCCCGGCGACUCACCUCCCUGUUUCGCCCAAAGGCGAGCCCUCCUCCUGCGAGUACUCAGGUCUCUCCUUCUCUCAGACCUGAGUCUCUGCAGCUCGGGAGACAUCGGUAGGCUACUAGACCCAGAGGCUCAGCCUCCCCUGACCAAACCGGUAGUGGAGCAGCUGUAAGUGAUGGCCCAGCUGAAGGCAACGAGGUAAUCCCCGCAUCUGGAGCCAGGGCAGGCUCAGGCCCCUGACUCGGCCCAGCUGGUGUUUGUUGCAGGGGAACCUGUGCAGACUGGGGCUCUUCAGAAUCAGGCCCCAGACAUAGUUCAGAUGAUGCCUGAGGCAAAGGAUCCGGUGCAGUCUGAGACCCCUCUUGUUCCUAGUCCGAGCCCGAGUCCCAGGCCAUCACAGUCAGGAAGGCUUCUCCGGGCGAUGAUCUGGCCAGUGUGUAAGAGACAAGGUGGUCCUUCAAGCAACCUGGCUAUGGCCGUGGGGAUGCGUUUGGCACGGUGUGCCUCAAAUUGUAGGCACUCGGGGAGCUGCCUUCUACUGAGCCACACCCAUGGGUCUGUCUAUCUAGCUUCAUGCUGUCUACACUGACUGGCAGUGGCUCUCCAGGUCUUCAGGCAGGGUUCCUCUCCCACCCAUAUCUGGAGAUGGUGAGGAUUGAACCUGAAACCUUCUGCAUGCAAAGCAGAUGCUCCACUCAGCUACAGACCUCCUAUAACCCUCUUAUUUUUAUUUAUUCAUUGAAUUUAUGUCCCACCAUUUUCUCCAAGGAUCAUACAUGGUCUUCCUACUCACUGAUCCCCACAACAGCCCUGUGAGGUAGGUCGGGUUAGAAUCAUAGAAUUGUACAGUUGGAAGGGAAGAACCAGAUGCACAAAUAUAAGAUGGGGGACACCUGGCUCGCUAGCAGUACAUGCGAAAAGGAUCGAGGGGCCUUGGUGGACCACAGGCUUAGCAGGAGUCCACAGUGCAAUGCAGCAGUGAAAAAAGUGAAUGCUGUUCUAGGCUGCAUCAACAGAAGUCUAUUGUCCAGGUCAAGGAAAGUCAUAGUACUGCUCUAUUCUGCCUUGGUCAGACCACAACUGGAAUAUUGUGUCCAGUUCUGGGCACCACAGUUUAAGAAGGAGGUUGACAAGCUGGAAGGUGUGCAGAGGAGGGCAACCAAGAUGGUCAAGGGUCUGGAAACCAAGCCUGGUGAGGAAUGGUUCAGAGGGUCAAGGUCAUCCAGCGAGCUUCAUGGCUGAGUGGAGAUUUGAAUUCUGGUCUCCCAGGUCCUAGUCCACCAGUCUUAACCACUAAACCAAUAGUAAAGGUAAAGGGACCCCUGACCGUUAGGUCCAGUCAUGGCCAACUCUGGGGCUGCGGCUCUCAUCUCACUUUAUUGGCAAGGGAGCCGGCGUACAGCUUCCGGGUCAUGAGGCCAGCAUGACUAAACUGCUUCUGGUGAACCAGAGCAGCGCACGGAAACACCAUUUACCUUCCCGCCAGAGUGGUACCUAUUUAUCUACUUGCACUUUGACGUGCUUUCGAACUGCUAGGUUGGCAGCAGCAGGGACCAAGCAACGGGAGCUCACCCCAUCGCGGGGAUUCGAACCGCCACCCUUCUGAUCGGCAAGUCCUAGGCUCUGUGGUUUAACCCACAGCGCCACCCGCGUCCCUAAACCAAUAGUAGGUCUGGGCUAUUGUCCUCCACUGCCAGGGUGAAAGAGAGGUGGAAUCUCUAGGGACCUCACUUUAAGCUCUGAUCUGCGUUUUGAAGGUGCAAUUGCAUUGGGGAACUGGCUUUUAGGUAACAGUGGGUUCCCCAGCAUUGCUGAUCCGGCUCACGGGUUCUUGAGGAUUAUCUUGUGCAGGCCACUCAAGCUGUCUUGCCUCUCAGGUAUCUGAGUCCUGCUUCUCUUGCAGUUGCAGCACAUGAUGGUGAUGAUCGGCUACCCAGACUUCCUGCUCAACCCAGAAGCGAUUGACAAGGAAUACGAGGCAAGUAUGCCAGGAGCCCCGUGCCCACGCUUCCUGGGGUGGGGUGGGAACCUCCCUGGGCAGAGAGUGGCAGCCCAACCAAUUAAUCAACUAAAGAGUUUUCAGUUGAUUAAUCACCUGUGUUUAAAUAACGGCCGGUGGUAAGUGAGGAAAGAGCCUUCCUGUUUAUAGAAUUCUUUCCCCAAGGGAGAUCACCUAACACUUACAUUGAUGUGUUUUCAGCACUAGGCAAAGACCUUUUUGAUUUUCCUAGGCUUUUAACAUCAGAGGAGUUUUAAGAAGCGGCUUCUAUUUUAUCCUGCUGUUUUGUUGAUUACUGGGUUUCCCCACCCCCCAAUUGCAUUUUUCUAAUGGAUUUUUUUAUUGUGUUUCUAAUGGAUUUGUUGUUCUCAUCAUAUGAAGCCACCUUUGUAAUUAUAAACUGAAGGGCAGCAUGCAAUAAAUAAAAACAGAAAUACAGGGAGCUGCAACAUUAGCUCACCUGGCCUAGGUAAUGUGGUUGUGUAUCCUAUUUUACAGGAAACAGUCCUGUAAAACACAAGGGGGUCACGAAGCCUGUGCUAAUGGGUUGCAGGUGUCGUAAAUAAAAAUUGCCCUUUUCCCUUAUGGGGUAUCCAAGAGCCCAUAUAGCGUCCUUACAUAGGUUCCCUAUUGGUAGGAGAGAAUAACAGAGGCCAACCAGAGAAUACUGAGAAGCAAAGCAGCUAGUAAGCCUGAUCUUUAUUGAUCUGUUGCAACAGGGUGCUCCCCUCAACCGUAGGAGAGAGGAGGAACCCAGGAAAAUGGCACGCAAGGCCUUAUAAAGACUUUGAAAUUGCCACCCUGUAGAUCAAGACCACCCCCAGAAACAUCAUACAUACAUCAUAGAAGGGGUGUAACCUAAGACCACCCCUCAGAUACAUCACACCUACAUCACAGAAAAGGCUGUCUUAAAACAGAAAUUUGAAUGUUGUUUUUCUCCUGUCGUUUAUCUCCUGUCUGGCAGGUUACUUGAUUGGAUUUCCUGGGUAGCCUGGCCAGUCUUUUGUAAUGAUAAAUACUUAGUUCCUGGACCAGGUCACAGGCUCACACCCUGUUCAAACACAGACAUACCCUUAAGACAGGAUUUGUGAGGAAAGAGACAAUGGGAGGUUUCCCACUUUGACCUUGCAGAGAAAACAUUUGCUCAGUUUAGGAAUCAAAAUGGUUCCAGGUUGGUCUUCCUGUGCUGAUCUAUGUACGUGCUUGGUUGGUACGCUUAUGAACAUUACCAUAUAUCUAAGACCAUAAAAUUCCUAUCACACAGGUUUAUAAGUAAACCCAAAGUAAAUGUUAUUUUUACUCCUUGACUCAGUGGUUUUCAACCAAUGUGCCGAUGGUCAGGGGUGCCAUGGGCAACACUGGCCUCUGUCCCUCUUUCCUUCCCUCCCUCCUCUGAUGCCCUCUUGCGUCUUUGCCUCCCAAAGUCUUGCACAGCUGUUUGUUGCAGCAGCCCUGGCUAUAAGCUCCCCAAGUGAAUGGUGCCUCUGGCACUGGCCAGAGGGUGCUUCCCAGGCCCCUGUGGGGCAGUGUGAGGAGGCACUUCUCUUUGGGGGGGGGGCAGCUCAGAGAUCAGGGGCGGCAGCUGCGACUAACCCCAAGGACUUUGUUAAUGGAGAAAUCCGAGGGCUCCCUUGGACAAAAAACAAGGACACCAGCCAGGAAUACCGGAGCAAAACAGCAGCCAGUAGGCUUGGUCUUUAUUGAAGACUGUCGUGACAGGACUGCCACCUGCCACCAGGUGGAACAAGAUGGAAGCCCCAAACAAAAGAGCCCCCAAACUUUUAUUAGCUGCUAAUCCCCAUGUUACACCCCCCCAAACUACAUCACUAAUACAACAUGGUUACAUCAUGAAAGGGGAGGACUGGUGGCAGUAAUCUGAGCAUCCUGGACCCUGCCCCAUGGUUCUUCUUGCCCUCCACCAAAUACCCAUCAAGUGUAAUGAGAUAUUUACAUUUCCCUGUUUCCCAGCCAAGUUCAUCCCACCCUUUUGUCUUCAUCUGGGUUUGUUAUUUCUGGAAUGGCUACCUGUCUGGUCCUCAGGUAUCAGGAUGCCAGGGAUUAUCACUCAGGCAGAGGGGCGGAUGAGUAGUUGAGCUCACGUGUCUAUAUGAAUUUCUAAUGUUUUCCCAGUGAGCCAGUACACAGAUAUAUUUAUCAGUGAAUUGUUACAUUUCGUAUCAUGCAGCAAAGCCCCUUUGAAUAGACAGGAAGAAACUGUGAUGAAGUGUUUUGUGGGGACAAGUCACAAAAGCGAUUGUGCUGAUUUUGGUAGUGGGCUGCAUGUGCAUGAUAUCUGCUGGAGGGGCAACCCCCCCCCCCAACCUAUACAUAAAUGCCUCUUACAGUUUUGUUUUGUUUUUUGCUGGCAUAUUAUAACGCUGGCUGCUGCUUUGACAGACACAGGAAGGCUUGAGUCUUGCAUUUUAACCCUUGGGAACCUCUCUCUGGCAGCUCAUGACAGAUCUCGUAACAGUUCCACAUGUUGUUUUCAGUGAUUGUUACAGGUCAUUUCCAAUGCAAGGUGUAAUAGCCACUAAAAACAACUCCCUGUACGAGCAGCUUGUGGCAAACUGUCACUGGAUCAGCUGCCAAGAUUAGUGAACAGAUGAGCCAAGGGUAAUAUGAAGUUUGCUUCAUGAAAAUAAUAAUAUCUUUAUUGUAUGUCUGACAACCAUCUAAGCCUGCACAGGCCAACUCACUGGCAAAAUGCAAGCUCAGCGAUCCCUCUGAUGCUUGCCAAAAUUUAUUGUGAAUAAAACAGAAACAUUCAUCGUUCAGUGUACCUAACACUGCUUAACCUUUAUGCUUUUAGUCUUCUUCUUCUUUGGUGAUCACUCAUAGCCAAGUAAGAUUAUCUUCCAUAAACACGGUUUUAAUAAUGAGUCCGUAAGUGACUGUGGAGGCCAAUUCUGGAUCCACACGUCCUUCCACAGUGGGGACAUUGGUUUCCGGGCGGGAGUUGAUCACGGUGAGGGUUUGCCAAGCGUGCCUUCCUCUUAGCACAUUUCUCCCUUGCGUCCUGAGUUUGAGUGUCUUCAAAGUCCAUGACACCUUUGGUAAAGGCUGUUCUCCAAUGGGAGCACUUGCAGGCAAGUGUUUCCCAAUUGUUGGUGUUUAUACUACAUUUUUAAAGAUUUGCCUUGAGACAGUCUUUAAACCUCUUUUGUUGACCACCACCAUUACGCUUUCCAUUUUUAAGUUCAGAAUAGAGUAGUUGCUUUGGAAGACUAUAAUCAGGCAUCCACACAACAUGACCAGUCCAACGAAGUUGAUGUUGAAGAAUCAUUGCUUUUAGUAUAAUUGUUAUAGCUUGUGAAGCCAUAUCCUACAAUCAGAUUGUUGCUGCUUUUACGUUCCCAAAAGCAAAGCUGUGAAUAAGUUUGAAACAUUGCCACAAAUUCCACAUUAAUGCAAGCUGAAUUGGAAUGAAUGGCAGUCUUUUUCUUUUUGAGGAUUGCCAUUUGUUGUGAUUUAGCACUAAAGAGCAGGCUUUCCAGGGAGAAGUGGCAAAACCUCUCAGACCCAUGCCUAGAAAACAUGAGACAAAUGGAAAACCUCUUGGAAUCAUACUUUCUAGGCAUGGGUCAAGUGUGGACGAGCCCUUUGCAGGUGAAUACAGCUCACCUGGUUACAACCUUUCCUGCUAUGGCGAGGUGUAUUUCUAUUUAAAUCGUAAUAAUUAGUCCUAAACUCAUGUGUGCAUGGAGGUGAGCAUAUGCACAUUUUAUGCACCUUUUGUGCCCUCUUUUUCUUUUUGAGUGGUUCCCCACCGUGCUCAGUCCUGCCUACAUGAGCAGCUUGCUUCUCUCUGGGGUUUGCAACAGGGGUCUUGAACCUGGGACCUUUUGGCAUGUAUCGCUGAGCUACAACCCUUCCCCAAAUCCUUGAGCCUAAUUUCACUUGUCUCCUUCCACAGUUUGAGGUCCACGAGAAAACCUACUUCAAGAACAUCCUCAACAGCAUCAAAUUCAGCAUUAAGCUGUCAGUGAAGAAGAUCCGGCAGGAAGUGGACAAGUCGGCGUAGGUAUCCCUCCUUUUGACAGGAAGCGCGCGGCUCAGGCCGGCUUGUGGAGAGCCUGCACCCUGAGUUAUCCCAGGCAGGGAGAGCCUAGAAAUAUUGCACAUAAAUUCUCCUGAAAGCUACUGUGGAAGUCUGAAUUUGGUGGUACUUCCAGCAUUGGUCCUGAUUCGUUUGCAGGGAGGUUAGACAUUUGUUACUGAUUGAGCUACUGAUUGCUUGUGGGGAGGUCAGACACUGUUGCAUCAAGCAUCAUCCCACACUUUCUGUGUAUUUUCCUAUCUCUGUCUUUCCGGCUUUUCUUUCUUUUUUGACGUGUGUUUGCUGCACAGGAGUGUCAGAUCCAUCUCAAUUGUGCAAUCGGAAUUUCUUGGUACGUGAUGAUGGAAUCCCUCUUGGAAACAGGGACAGCCUGGGAGUCACACACACCCCAGUCUCCCCCAACCUGCUUCCUCUUUCUUCCCUUUCUUUGUCUGUUCAUUUCCCCAGGCUUGAGCAACCCCUAGUGGCUGGCAGCAACAGCGCAGGGACGUUGCCUCCUUUGAACCAAACCCGCUGUUGAAAAGUAUGUUUGAACCAGCCAGUGUUCUUCACGCAACAUACAAGCAGGUGUUGAGUUCAUCCAAGAUUGAUGGCUUGCUCUGAGAACAGGGUUUCCCAAACUUGGGUCUCCAGCUGUUUUUGGACUACAACUCCCAUCACCCCUUGCAAGCAGGACCAGUGGUCAGGGAUGAUGGGAGUUGUAGUCCAAAAACAGCUGGAGACCCAUGUUUGGGAAACACUGCUCUGAGAACGAAGGAAGUGAUUUUGUGAGGACUGGUUCAUGAAUUUCCAUGCAGGCAGAAGCCUCCGUAUUCCUGUACCUGUUUCUGACAGCUGCUACAGGAACCCUUGGAGCACCUGCUUCCUGCUCCCUUAGCACAGGGUUGGGGAACCUGUUGUUGGAUUACAACCCCCACCAUUCCCAAGCACUGGUCAUGCUGGUGGGGACUGAUGGGAACUGGAGUCCAAGUCUCCCAUCCCUUACCUGCCCCAGCACUGAUACUUCCUGCCCCUUUCUUGACUCACCUGUAGUAACAGAAAAGAAAUUCAGUGUGUUCUCUGCCUUCUGGAGGACAUAAGAGACCCCAUCUCAUUCCUGUGCGGACAGAAGUUGUCUUCUGCACCUAACAGUUAUUGGGUCAAGCAGGCCUCACCUUGUGCUGCAACAGACCUCUCUUGAUCAAGGUGUGCUUUCUCGUUGCAGGUGGCUGCUGCCGCCUCAGGCACUGAACGCUUACUACCUGCCCAACAAGAACCAAAUGGGUACGGACACAUUUGCAUUUCUCGAUCUCGUGUGGGACUGGAUAGUUCAUGGGAAAAGGAAGUCGCACAGUGGCGUUCAUCCCCCCUCCUUCAUUCGCCCGUUGCAGGCGCGAGAGUCAGGAAUUUGCAUUGCCACGGCCCUGCUAUGGACUGACGAGCCCCGUUCCCCUGAAAUCCCACCCAAGCAGGCUCCAUAGUUAGACUGCUAUAGACUGAAUCUCAAAAUCUCAGCAUAGCAGCCAACAAAUCUUGCUCUCCACUGGAGUUAGGAAUCCUACUUUUAUUUGGCAAGGCUGCUCCACACCUACAUGACCUAUGCAAUCACCAUCAAUGCAGAGCUUUUUCCCUCGCAAGAUAUUUGCCGUCUGCCGUUCUGCAGGGCAGCUUCUCGAAGGCUCCAUAUUUGCUGAGCAUUUCUGUUCCCUUACCAUCUUUGUCUCAUUUCUCCUCAGUGUUCCCAGCUGGAAUUCUUCAGCCCACGCUGUAUGACCCAGAGUUUCCACAGUAAGUGCUUUUUCCGCACACUGGGAGCGCACCAUGGGCUUCUGGGAGGGAAAUGGGCGCUUUGUGUGUGGUUCUGCUGGUGGCGAUUCAGGCUAGAGCAGCACUCUUGAACCCUGUGUCUCUAGACUCCGUUGGACUACAACUCCCAUCAUCCCCUGCCAGCUUAGGCAGUGGUCAGGGAUGAUGGGACUUGUAGUCCUACAACGUCUAGGCAGCCCAUGGCUGAAAAAUUGUGGGCUGGCGGGUUUCAGUCCAACCCUUCUGUUCUCUUAGGCCAAGUUUUGUGGGGAUGAUGGCCCGUCCCUGGAAAGGAAUCCCUUCCUUCAUAGGAACGCUGGGGCUCUGCUUAUUUCACCACACAUUUCUGGGAGGGUGAAUGAACUGUAAAAAUGUGCUCUUCGAAAAAUGUGCUGGAAAGUGGCCACGUUUGUUCUGAAGAGAAAGUACCCCCAUCGUUCAGCCCGGACACUGAGAUCCAGUGCCGAGGGCCUUCUGGCGGUUCCCUCAUUGCGAGAAGUGAGGCUACAGGGAACCAGGCAGAGGGCCUUCUCGGUGGUGGCACCCACCCUGUGGAACGCCCUCCCACCAGAUGUCAAAGAGAAAAACAACUACCAGACUUUUGGAAGACAUCUGAAGGCAGCCCUGCUUAGGGAAGCUUUUAAUGUUUAACAGAGCACUGUAUUUUAACGUUUUGUUGGAAGCUGCCCAGAGUCGCUGGGGAAACCCAGCCAGAUGGGUGGGGUAUAAAUAAAUAAAUUAUUAUUAUUAUUAUUAUUAUUAUUAUUAUUAUUAUUAGCCUGGGGCAGAUUCAGAAGACAGUGCUGACCUGGAUCAUGCCCCUCUAGCCCCUCGCGGAUUUCCAGCCUAAAAUUCUCCAUCUGUUGGCGGAAUCUGGGCUCUCACCUGUUCCCCAACCCUCCAACCCCCUGUUUCACUGCCACCCCAUAGCCCCCGACGUUUUAUCUCCCACCUACAGGUCCCUGAAUUACGGCGGGAUUGGAACGAUUAUUGGACAUGAGCUGACACACGGUUACGAUGACUGGGGUGAGCUCCCCCUCCCCCCUCCCUUCCCCAAACCUAUUUCGGGGCCUGAUAAUCAUCUCCCCGAACCUUCCCAAAACCUAAUAACCAGGCCAGCCUGAUACAUUUUGCUGCUUGAGGCAGAAACGUUCAGCUUCCAAUUCAAUUCACUUUAUGGAAGCCAAGCAGACGGACGGCUUAAUAUUACUUCAGUAUUGCUGAUGGGCCUCCUAGAGAUUUUUUAAAGCAUUAAAUGGUUUCAUAAAUGAAUUUUAAUAAAUGGUGGGUCGGCACCAUCCUCUCACACCUGAGGGAAGCAGGUUAGCUUAGAACAGGGUUUUCCAAACUUGGGUCUACAACUACAACUCCCAUCAUCCCUGGCCACUGGUCCUGCUAGCUAGGGGUGAUGGGAGUUGUAGUCCAAAAACAGCUGGAGACCCAAGUUUGGGAAACCCUGGCUUAGAAGGAUCAUGGUGGGAAACCCACAGGUUUGUCCUUGAAACACCUUGCCAAGGCUGCCUGCCCCCCACCCCCAAUAAUCGGCCACCUGAGGCGGUUGCUUCACUCUGCCUCAUAGUAGGGCCGGUCCUGGCCUGGUUUGAAGGGAGGCCUCGCAGCUGCUCCCACAGAGACUGCAAAUGUGUACCAGAGGCCAUCCGUUUUCAUUCUUUCAUCUGCACAAUGGGGCACAGAACAGGCACCCCCAAAACACAAAACCCUUUCCCUCACUCAUAAAUAUGAGCCCUGUAUGAACUAGCUGUUGAUCCUUGCCUCCUCAUUUUUUUCAACUUAAGUUUGAAUAUGCCCAUCAUGGACCUCUGGACUCAGCGACGUCCUAUAUUCUUAAUAUUUAAAAAUAUGUUUAUGUCCCAUGGCUAGGUCUGUUCUAAGCCUUAUCUGAGCUCCCCCUCCCUUGGCAAACACCUGGCCAACCAAUGAAUUAUUUCCGUAAACACUUGAGCGUUCUUGAUGCUUGUUCUCACGUUACACUGAGCCCAGGUACAAGCUUUCUCUACACACGUGCAAGGGUUUUCUUUGAAAGAAUGGACACUUUGUGGAGGCACGCAGCUCGGCUCUUGUGUGCACAGGUACACAAAGCGUACACUUGUUGAACGUUGUGUGUGGAUAACCCGCACGAGUGCUUAUAACAUGUGAACACUCCUGCAGUCAAACCGCAAUAGAAGUGCAGCCUCUUCCCCCUGUAGCAGCAAAAUCUCUGAGGUCACCCUUGUGACUGACCCUUAUCUGUCCCGCUUUGCAGGAGGCCAGUAUGAUCGCCAUGGCAACCUGAUGCACUGGUGGACCGACUCGUCCUACAGCAAGUUCCUCAAGAAGGCAGAGUGCAUCGUCAACCUGUACGACAACUUCACGGUCUACAACCAGAGGGUGAGCCGGGGUGUGCAAUGCCACCUUUACCCAGAAGGGGAAGAGCUCCUUUGCAAAGAGUCCGCCAUAGAACCCGAAACCCGUGUUUGCAAAUAUGCUGUCCAUGUUUUUAAAAGAUUGAAUUUUGGGACCUCGCAUCUGCAUUUGCCCUUUGACUGUGACAUUUCCCCACAAUAUCCAAAUAUCGGCUUGUUAUUUAAGGCAGGCAUCAAAUCUCAAACACACCCACCCAACCAACCCGCUCCAGAAGCUGUCAAAAUUCUGAAUGGCGUUGUGCAUCAUCACUCAAAUCCACUUCGAUAUUCAAUACUAUCACAGCAUGGCUAUCAAAUAAUGUUAUCAGUAGGUGGAUAUCAAAUAUUCUGAAAAUGAACAACAGAUAUUGGGCAUGCGUUCACAUAACUAGAGAAUAUUUGAUGGGACCCACUUAAUUUGAUGGGACCCACUUAAAAAUUGUAUUUUUAAUACAAUCAAUUAAAUUAAUGAUAAUGAAAAUUUGCAGAGGAGAAUUCGAGGAACAAAUUUAUUACAGCUCUGAUCGCUGUAACCAGGCGUGUCCUCUUGGGACAGUCAAAAGUCUGGAGUCCACUGGAGAGCCUGUAAUGAUUACAAUAUCAGACUAGAACCUGGGAGACGUGAGUUCAAAUCCCCACUCAGCCAUGGAGCUAAACUGGGUGACCUUGGGCCCGUCACGACCUCUCCGUCUGGCCUACCUCACAGGGUUGUUGUGAGGAUAAGAUGGAGAGGGGGGAGACAGGUGCGUGUGCCAGUCACCCUCAGCACCUUGGAGAAAAGGCGGGGUGCAAAUGUCAUAAUAAAUAAACAGAAUAGAUGAAUAGGGAUUGUGCCCUUAGUACCUUCCUUCUAUUUGCCAGGCUAUAGGAGGCAGCCGUGGCAAAUUAUAAGUCAAUGGGCAAGAGGAAGGGUUACGCCGCCCCUGAAGGAGGGCGGACCUGUAUUUUGGCCUACUAUCAUAUAAGUUAAAGCCAUGGUUUUCCCAGUAGUGAUGUAUGGAAGUGAGAGCUGGACCAUAAAGAAGGCUGAUCGCCGAAGAAUUGAAGCUUUUGAAUUCUGGUGCUGGAGGAGACUCUUGAGAGUCCCAUGGACUGCAAGAAGAUCAAACCUCUCCAUUCUGAAGGAAAUCAGUCCUGAGUGCUCACUGGAAGGACAGAUCGUGAAGCUGAGGCUCCAAUACUUUGGCCACCUCAUGAGAAGAGAAGACUCCCUGGAAAAGACCCUGAUGCUGGGAAAGAUGGAGGGCACAAGGAGAAGGGGACGACAGAGGACGAGAUGGUUGGACAGUGUUCUCGAAGCUACAAACAUGAGUCUGACCAAACUGCAGGAGGCAGUGGAAGACAGGAGUGCCUGGUGUGCUCUGGUCCAGGGGGUCACGAAGAGUUGGACACGACUAAACGACUAAACAACAACAUCAUAUAGACAGGCUUUUGAGUAAGAAGCAAAUGCCCAGUUGUUCUGUAUGGGACAAUGACAAUAAAGAUUAUCGUAUCAUAUCGUACCAUGUCAGUGGCAGAACAAAGUUCUACAGUUACCAUGGCAUUUGGAAGUUGGCAUCUUGGUGCCAGCUGUUAAUUUCCAAAGUGGCUGCAUUUGCUGAACUAGACGUCACAUCUGGGUCACCCAGCAAUCAGCACUGGAUGCCAGCCCUGGAAAGGGGCAAUUGAAUGUUUGCCCAACGCCCAGCUGUUAAAGGCAGGGGAGCCCCAGGCAGUAAAAAGGUGGCAAUCCAACUUUGGGGAUGUGUGGGAGCACACUCAAGCCCUGCGCAGGGGCACUCAAGCCUUUAUAUAAACACAUAGUGUUGGGUGAAGUGUAAGGAGGGAGGAACAGGGGUUGGGCGAGGCAUUUUCAAAGGGUGAGGCAGGAGAGGUUGACAAGAGUGGUGAUGAGAUUCGAGGGCAAAGAAACAGGGAUUUUCAACUCUGACAAAUAAGAAAGACCAGGAAAGAGAAAGGUUUCUUUGUGUUGAUGAGAUGAGAGUUUGCUUGUCUCAAAUUAGACCAGAUAUAAACGAGAUUACCCAGCAAAGACAAGCUCACACCUCCCAUUGAGUUCAUAUACAGUGUUACCUCUGGUUGCGAACGGGAUCCGUUCUGGAGGCCCGUUCGCAACAUGAAAAGAACGCAACCCGCAGCAUCGCAUCUGCGCACGUGCAGGUUGCGAUUCACCGCUUCUGCGCAUGCGUGUGACGUCAUUUUGCGCGUCUGCACAUGCACGAGCGGCGAAACCCGGAAGUAACCCGGGUCACCGCGGGACAUAACCUGAAAGAACGUAACAUGAAGCGGACGUAACAUGAGGUAUGACUGUACAUACUUCAGGUGCAUAUGUAAGAUUUAUAUUUUGGGAAGAGUUUGUGUUCUUAAGUUGCUGCAUUGUUUUAUACUCUCUGGGCAUCUCAUGAUCCUAUUAUAAAGCAGUUGCGUUCUGUGCUAUCAAUUAAGCACUGCUAGGAUUUGAUUCUUUUUGUUUCCCAGUGUUUUCCUAAUCGAUAAAAAAUUGGUGCUGCCCAGAGAAACAAGUUUGAGGACCUCUGUUCUGAAUACUGGGGAUUUGUGGGAUGGUGGAAAGGAAGCAUUUCCAAUCCUAACUCAGCUGUCUGUCUGUCUGUCUGUCUGUCUCUCUUACAGGUGAAUGGGAAGCAUACCCUUGGGGAGAACAUUGCCGAUAUGGGGGGACUUAAGCUCGCCUACUAUGUAAGUCCCCCGAGGGAAGAGGAGUUCCCAGUCACAUGUGCAAAGUCCACCCAACAGGGUGUCUGCCUGACAUCUGCCCAAGCUCAAUUUGGCUGACAGACCCGUGCAAGAGUGCUUUUCACACAGUGUCUAGUUAACUGUGGAACUCCCUCCCACAGUGAUGGCCACCAAAUUUGAGGGCUUUAAAAGAGAAUUAGAUGAUUCAUGGCAGAGCAGUCUAUGCACAGCACAAAUAACCCGUAGUAAAAAAAAAAAAAGGACUAUAAAACAAAACAACUUCUACCUAAUGAAGGAAUACUCAAUCGUCCAUUAGAAUGUAAACGUAUGCAAUAAAAUUAACUCUCAAAACUUUGGCAGGUAAUUAUUUAACAGAAUUUCACUCUCAACCAUUAUGACAAAUCGUUACUAAAUUAUAAUGGAUAAGAAAUAACAGCAAAGAGUCUUAAAAGAGCCAGAUGUUUGCAGAUAAGAUGGCACCGAAGGACCGUGUUCCUCACUAUUUGUAUAAGAAACACAAUUGUUAAGAUUUUUAUACCCUGCUUUUUCCCCUGUCAGGGACUCAAGGCGUCUUACAGACAACAAAUAAGAAUGCCUUAAAAACACAGGGGGGAGAAACUAGGACUCAAAAGCUCUGCCCUUUGGGUACUUUAAUAGUAAUAGUAAUAAUAAUAAUAAUAGUAAUAAUAAUAAUAAUAAUAAUAAUAAUAAUAAUAAUUUAUUUAUACCCCAGCCACUCUGGGCUGCUUCCAACAGAAUAUUAAAAUACAAUAGUCUAUUAAACAUUAAAAGCUUCCCUAAACAGGGCUGCCUUCAGAUGUCUUCUAAAAGCCUGGUAGUUGUUUUUCUCUUUGACAUCUGGUGGGAGGGCGUUCCACAAGGCGGGUGCCACUACCCAGAAGGCCCUCUGCCUGGUUCCCUGUAACUUGGCUUCUCGCAGUGAGGGAACUGCCAGAAGGCCCUUGGUGCUGGACCUCAGUGUCCGGGCAGAACAAUGGGGGUGGAGACGGACCUCCAGGUAUACUGGACCGAGGCCGUUUAGCAAUUUCACCUUUGGGGAGGGUCCUGCAGGGAGGGUUGGGGAGUGGCCACCUCAUUUUGCUGAGCAAGACUUUCUCUUGCAGGCCUAUCAGAAGUGGGUGCGGGAAAACGGUCCCGAGAACCCUCUCCACCCUCUCAAAUACACCCACGAACAACUUUUCUUCAUCGCUUUUGCCCAGGUAAGGCCUGCGUGCCCGGGGAAUGAUUACUUGGGGUUCCUGGAUCAGACCCCAAAGGCUGCUGCCCUGUCUCAUCAGACUGAGGCGUCUCCAAAGCAUUCUCAACUCACUAAUGCGCCCUUCAGCAUCCUGGCUCCCAAGCAGAUGUUCUGGACUACAACUCCCAUCAGCCCCAGCCAGGAGUCCAAGCCAUCUGGUUGAGAUCCAGGCUGGUGAAGGAAAGGUUAUACUCAGCAGCUUACAGGAGGGGUGGCCCAGAUCCUUAUCAGGAUCAAUCUUGUGAGCCAAAUUGACAGGUGUGAUGUUUAAAGGAGAGAAGGCUGCAUCAAAGAGCACUUUUGCAAAGAGCUUUUGCAAAAGUGCAAAGUGUGCUUUUGCAAAGAGCUUUUGCAAAGAGCUUAAACAGUUUUACUGUUCUAGUUUUCAGCCUCUGGAGACUGAAAUGGGUGUGGGGUGUGUGUGUAAGUUUUAAUGACCUUUAGCUUGAGGGCAUUCUGGCAACGUGAAAUGGCUGCCGUCCAACUGCCACAGACAGCAGCAAAAAGCUAAGAAGGAAGAGAGGAAGGGAAGAGGAAUCAAAAGCGAAUGCAAUUUUUAACAAAUGAAGAACAAACUAAAUCACUUUGAUAGCAAAGGGGAGGGGAGGGAUUCAUGCGCACCUGUUCCUGCCUUUCGUAAUGUUGGCCAGAGACCCCUGCUGCUACCACCAUUGUGCCACACAAAGGCGUUUCUGGUGGAGGGCUGGAGCGGGCUGCCUGAUCUCUAAGGCAAAGAGGCUUGAGACACUGGCUAAGAGCCCUGGGCCCUCCCAGGCAGCCUCACCUUGGAGCCACAGACUGGACCUUCCCUCCCCAAUCUCUGACAGAUUCAGUCUCCCACUUCUCGCUUCUUCUCCCUGCAGAAUUGGUGCAUCAAACGGCGCUCACAAUCCAUCUACCUGCAGGUGCUGACCGACAAACACGCCCCUGAACACUACAGGUACCUGGGGGUGUGUGCGUAUGCGUGUUUGUGUGCAAGAGGAGGGGACAGGAAGGAGAAGGGCCGGCUAAGGGAUGCCAUUUGGGUUUGGCUUGCACUGGCUGACCAUAAGCUAUGGGACCAGGUUCAAGGUGCUUUCAUUACCGUAUUUUUCACUCCAUAAGACACACUUUUUCCCUCCUAAAAAGUAAGGGGAGAUGUCUGUGCGUCUUAUGGGGCGAAUGCACUGGGCAGCAGAGGGAUCCCUUGGCUACCACUGCAGUCAUGAGCUGAGGGAUGCCUCCACAGCCGGAGCCAUGGCUCCCGUCCAUCACUUGCUGUGAAGCCAGCAGCUAUCGCUCUUGCACUGCUGGCUUCAGCGAGAGUGAUAGCUGCGCAGCUUGCUCUGCUGGCUUCACAGUGAAGCGGGAGGAGGGACGGACGGGAGCAAGCAAAGCAAGAGCCGCUUACAUGGCUUCUGUCCUACUUUGCGCAGCUCUCACUUUGCUUGCCCAUCCCUCCUCCCUCCUCGCUGUAAAGCAAGCAAAGCACCUGUCCCGGUGUCUCCUCCUCUUUUACAGCGAGGCGGGAGGAGGGAUGGGCAAGCAAGGUGAGAGCUGCGCAAAGCAGGAGAGAAGCCAUGUAAGCAGCUCUCACUUUGGUGGCUUUAAAGCAAGAAAAGCGAGAGCCACUUACAUGCUUUGCGCAGAAUAUUUUCUAAAAACUAGGUGCGUCUUAUGGUCAGGUGCAUCUUAUGGGGCGAAAAAUAUGGUAAUUUACAAGGUCCUAGACAGCUUGGGUCCAGAAUACCCCAGGGACCAUCCCAUCCCUUAUAUUCCUGCUUGACCUCUGAGGUUUUUGCAGGAAUCCCUGCUUGGAUGAAUGGGUCAUAUCUACCAGGAGUUCUGUGUUUUGUAUUGUGGGCCCAAUUUUGUGAAACUCCCUUCUUGUUGAGAUCAGGCAGGUCCCCUCUCUGUUGAACGUCCGGCACUUCCUAAAGACUUUCAUUUCAUUCCAGCAGGCUUUUUUAAAAAUAAAUUUAUUUAUUUGGGUUUUUCAAAUGAAAAUUUUACAAUAACAUAACAAUUUACAAUAUAGAAACAAGAUUCCACAGAAUCUCCUGGGCUUCCCUCCUCUGUGGCUCCUAUUGUUAAUCAUUUCCUCCUGCAUCUUCUAUAAUAAUCCAAAUCCUUUGCAUCUCCAUUAUGUCCAAAAUUCACCAUUAAACUACAGGUGUUAUUCCAAUCCCACUAACGAUUUUAGCUGCUUACAAUGGUUUUUAAGAUAGAUCAUAAAUUUUCCCCAUUCCGUAUUAAAAUUCUGGUCUUCCUGAUUUCUGAGUCAUUUUUGCUAUUUCGGCAUAGACCAUCAACUUGAUCUGCCAUUCUAGGGGCUUUUUCUUCUUUCCAUCUCCAGCAGGCUUUUUAAAAACUGAGUUCUGAAUUUAUAGUUUUGACUCAUUUUUAUGCCUACUGUAUUAUGGCUCUUGUACAUUGCUGAGAUUAAGUAGAGCACAGAUUGUUGAUACAAAAUAAAUAAAACAUGGACACUCUCAUGUUCCGAGAGCCUUGCUUGCCAACCCACGGUUGACGGUCGCCCUAUGUGGUCUCCUUGCUUGACUGCUCAGCAAAUUUCCCCUGCCAUGCUGGGGGCAUCCCUGGUAGACCAGCCUUUCCUCUAAGACAGGCAUCCCCAAACUCGGCCCGCCAGCUGUUUUGGGACUACAAUUCCCAUCAUCCCUGACCACUGGUCCUGUUAGCUAGGGAUGAUGGGAGUUGUAGUCUCAAAAGAAGAAGAAGAGUUUGGAUUUAAUACCCGAAGGAGUCUCAAAGCGGCUAACAUUCUCCUUUCCCUUCCUCCUCCACAACAAACACUCUGUGAGGUGAGUGGGGCUGAGAGACUUCAGAGAAGUGUGACUGGCCCAAGGUCACCCAGCAGCUGCAUGUGGAGGAGCGGAGACAUGAACCCGGUUCCCCAGAUUACGAGUCUACCGCUCUUAACCACUACAUCACACUGGCUCUCAAACAGCUGAGGGGCUGAGUUUGGGGAUGCCUGCUCUAAGAGCAGGCAGGCCAGUAUCCGAAUUUGGGACAUGGUGUGUUUGCAUAUUGAAGGAGGCAGGAGAAACCUUCAGGUCAGCAGCUUCAGCCAGGGAAAUGGGCGUGUUUUGGAUUCUGAUUUGAGAGAUGCACUGAUUUGGGGAAUGACACACAGAGAGAGGGGUGAAAGCCUAUGAGAGAUUUCAUACCUGAGUCAGAUGGAAGCUGGGGAAUAAAUGGAAUUAAAUUACCAUGUUUUUUGCUCUAUAAGACUCACUUUUUCCCUCCUAAAAAGGAAGGGGAAAUGUGUGUGUGUGUUAUGGAGCAAAUGCAGGCUGCGCAGCUAUCCCAGAAGCCAGAACAGCAAGAGGGAUUGCUGCUUUCACUGCACAGCGAUCCCUCUUGCUGUUCUGGCUUCUGAGAUUAAGAAUAUUUUUUUUCUUGUUUUCCUCCUCCAAAAAUUAGGUGCGUCUUGUGGUCUGGUGCGUCUUAUAGAGCGAAAAAUACGGUAAUGAUAAAUUUAGAUUAGAUAGGAUAGAUUAGAUGGCCCUUUGGGUCCCUUCCAAAUCUUCUAUGAUUCUAUUAUUCUAAUUCUUUGGAGCUGCCAGGGGCUUAAAUCUGAAGCCGUUCCCUCCCAGCGGUCAGGGUGCAGCCACCAGAUCUUGAGAAGAAGGAGCAAAGAGUGAAUCUGAGCAUGUGAAAAGUGCUUCCCUCUUUCUACCAAGCCCCUGCAGCCAGCCUCCACGUGAGGAAUCAAGGGCUGCAAAACAGGGGAGGCAUCUUAGGUGCAGUCCUACGCUUCUUGUUUUAUACAACAAUCCUUCUCAGGCUUUUGCGGCUGCCGUUGCGUUAUUCCUCUCUUCUUUCCCUCUCCCCUGUAGGGUCCUGGGCAGCGUCUCACAGUUCGAGGAGUUCGGCCGGGUCUUCCACUGCCCCAAGAACUCGCCCAUGAACCCAGCUCACAAAUGCUCCGUCUGGUGA